AUAAGAAGUAUUAUGAGCGUAUAUUUGACGGCUGGAUACCAUACUACUGGUGUCGCAAUUCCUUUUACUUUAUUCGCUUUAACACAGAAUCCAGAAGCUAAAGCAAAGCUUCAAGAGGAAAUCGAUGAAGUAUUACAAGAUCGUUUACCAACACUCGAAGACUUAUCCAAGAUGGAAUAUUUAACACAAGUGAUAAAAGAAGCUCUUCGAGUUCAUCCGCCAGGUACUUUUUGUGCCCGUUUAAUCAAAACAGGUUCUAUACUUUCCAAAGCAGUGGAAAAUUUCCAAGCGCAGGCAGACAACACCACGAUCCUAUAUUGUAUCCCAUUGUAUCACGAGAAUCCUUCAUAUUUUGCUAACCCCAAAAAAUUUGACCCAUCUCGAUUUUCACGAGAAAAUAUGAAGAAUAUUAAACCGAACACAUAUUGUCCAUUUGGAUUUGGAGCUCGAAUAUGCCCAGCAGAGAGACUCGCAAUGGUUGAUAUUAAACUAAUGGUCUGUAUGAUUAUGCAAAAGUUUGAUUUCGAAUUGGCUAUGAAAGUGGAAGAUGUGCAAAUGGAAGAAAGGUUUGUCGUCAUGGCUAAAAAUGAUAUUUUGAUAAAACUUAAACCAAGAAGUGGUAUAAAUGCCUAG